UCUCCCCGCGCCGCCGCCGGAAGUUUGGGCUGCGUGAUGGCGACGCGGGUCCCGGGGCCGGUGUGUUUCCCGGGCCCGGGCUACCUUCGGGUGCCGGCUGCGGAGCGAUGACCAGGCUGUUGGCCGUGGCGCACAGAGCCGCUUGGGCCGUCGUGCGCUGCAGCGGCCGGGACUGCGGCGCGCUCAGCAUGUUCUACGCCGUGAGGAGGGGCCGCAAGCCCGGCGUCUUCCUGACCUGGGCCGAGUGCAGGGCCCAGGUGGAUCGGUUUCCUGCUGCCAGGUUCAAGAAGUUUGCCACAGAAGAGGAGGCUUGGGCCUUUGUCAGAACGUCGCCAGGCCCCGACGGCUCCGAAGGUAGCCCCGUCCCACACGCUGUGACAUCCAACCUGUUCGGUCCUCCGUAUCCACCGCGUAGACUAAAUCUUUCAGGGCAGAAAAACGAACAAGUACAAGAACCACGAGUGAAAGCGAGCAAGCGCCUCCGCGAGCCCCUGGAUGAAGAUGAACACGCAGAGCCGCAUGCAAAGCAUGUAAAACAGAACCCAGAGCUGGUGCCUUCAGUCAGCAAAGACACAUUCUCCUACAUGGGAGAAUUCGUCGUCGUCUACACUGACGGCUGCUGCUCCAGUAAUGGGCGGAGGAGGGCACGAGCAGGAAUUGGUGUUUACUGGGGGCCAGGCCAUCCUUUAAACGUAGGUAUUAGACUCCGUGGGCGACAGACCAACCAAAGAGCAGAGAUCCACGCAGCCUGCAAAGCCAUCGAACAAGCAAAGACUCAGAACAUCACUAAGUUGGUUCUGUACACAGACAGUAUGUUUACUAUAAAUGGUAUCACCAGUUGGGUUCAAGGUUGGAAGGAAAAGGGGUGGAGAACAAGCACAGGGAAAGAGGUGAUCAACAAAGAGGACUUCAUGGAGCUGGAGAGACUGGCCCAGGGCAUGGACAUUCAGUGGAUGCAUGUUCCUGGUCAUUCGGGAUUCAUGGGCAAUGAGGAGGCCGACAGGCUGGCGAGAGAAGGAGCUAAGCAAUCUGAAGACUGAACAACGUGGUUUUAAACCUUGGAAAAACUUGACCCGGUGGCUGUUUUUUUACCUCUACUUACUGAUGUGCAAAGUAAAACUACAGGAUGGAUCACUGCAGUAGACAAGCAGACACGGCUUCCACAGGAAAUGACAAAGGGAAGGUGGUGUUCUGUGAUGCCGAGCAGUGAAAAGUGGAAUGUAUGAUUGUAUAAUAAAUUGAACUGCCUUUGAAAUUUGAGAAUUA